UGUGACACAGGCGUUGGCGUCGGUGAUAGUGACCAUACGCCAAAUAAUAUAUAAAUAAGAGGAUUUCUUUUGUAAGACAACCAUUUUACUUUCUAAGUUUCCAUGCUAAACAGAUAUAGUUUGAGGACAGCGUAAGAAGAACAACACCAACAUUAUGACAUCUCUUCACAAAAUCUGUCAAUUGCCAGUAUCACAGAGCACUAUUAUGACAAGUUGUAUGAUCAUCAUUGCUGUUCUGAUCAGGUCUUCCCUAAGUCAGUUCGUGUGUCCGGAAAUGUUUGGAAUGUUUCAGUAUCCGGACAACUGUGCUAUGUUCUAUGUUUGCAACUACGGCAUACCUUAUCAACGUACCUGUCCAACCGGUCUUCUGUUUGAUAUCAACCUUGGAGUUUGCCGGCAUUCCGUACAGGUGCACUGCUUUAACGAGACUCAUCAACUCACAGCAGGUUUUACUUGUCCCACCCCAAUUGGGAUAUAUACCGACCCGACAUCAUGUGAGCAUUUUUACUUGUGUGCUAACGGAAGGGGUUUUCGUCAGAAAUGUCCAUUUGGCUUGAUAUUCGACGGUGUUGUGUGUAACUGGAAAAAAGACAACAAUUGUACUCCGACUUGGAAGAGUAGUUUGCGGGAUGGAAUCAAUAUUGAUACGAAACCGAACGAUCCUAGUCGUAGAUCACGAGUUAUAUCAACGAAAAAGAGCUCGGAGAAGCUAGUUCCAUCUACUAAAGAUGAACAUCAACGAAAUCAGGAUGGUGUUAGUUUGCCAACGAGUACGGAGGAAAAUCGAAUAAUUGAUGAGUUUGAGUGGAAUAGAAAGCAGAUGCGUAAUAAAUCAGAUCAAAGCACUGGAAUGGGGAAUUUAACAGAAAAUAAGCAGGGACAACAGCAGCAUCAGCAGCAACGUAAAGGAAACUCUAAUUCAGAACGGCCUAGAGGUGAAGAAAAAACAGUAAUAGGAAAGGCAAAAGUUAAAAAUGUAAAAAAUGCAGAAGAGGAAGGGAAAGAGAAUAAUGAAAACGAUGGAAAUAAAGCAAGAGAUAGAUAUUUAAAAGAAUACCUUGCGAGAGAGGGAAAGCGACGAAAGUUUUUGAAAGAGCUGGAAAAGAAGAGAUCAGAACUGUGGCAAAGACAGCAACAACUGAGAAGAAAACUACUGAGGCAGCAUCAACUACGACAAAGGAAAUUAUUCAUGAUGAGACAGAAACAGCAGCAACGACAACUACAGCAAUCACAAGAAAAGAAGCAAGAUCAACAACGUCAAAACGGAUCAAUUCCACAACUUCAGCAGCACGAAGAACACAAACAACAAGAUCAACAACAACAGCCACAACAAAAAGAAGAACAACAACAACUGCAAAAAGAACAACAAUUGCUUGAAAAUGAAGAUCAUCAUCAUCAGCAGCAGCAUCAACAGGAAAAACAAGAACAAAGUACACCGAGAAAUAGAAAUCUGAAAGCAAAUGAGAUCAGGGAUAUCUGGAGUAAAUCUGACCAAAGUAACACUUCAAAGUCAGCGUGGAAACCGAAUUCCAGUAAAGGGAGUAGCCACACAGAAAAAGGUUUAUAUCCUUCUCUCUUUCAUUCAUCUGUCAGCAAUCAGAUUUUCCUCGUGAACCAACAAAUUAAACCAAACUACACAAACGACAAUAUAGACGACGGCGGUAUCGUGAAAGACAGCAAAAGCAGCAACAGUAAUGCCAGCCGAAGCAACAAUAAUAACAUUAAUAGCAACAGUAUUAACAAAGCAGUAAGUUCAGGAAACGCCAGAUAGAAAGGGAAAAAAAGAAAAUAAACUCGCAUGCGCGCGCACACUCAAGGACACAGUCUCUCUCUCUCUCUCUCUCUCACAUACACACGCACACACACACACACACACAUGCAUACACACACAUACACACACAUACACACAAACGCACACAAUGUGAAUUCAAUAUCCUACAAUUAAGAAACGACAUAUCUUAUCUGAUUUACAUCUUCUACAAUUUCAUCUGAGGAAGUGACAUUUGUAAAUAGUGGAAAAUAAGGGCAACAACAACAACAACAACAAGCGGCAACAUAAAGAACAACAGCUGCGCGGACUAAAGUUCCAGUUAUUUUAACAUUGAAUACAACAAUGCUUCGAUUAUAGCAUAAAUAUACCAAAAAUACGAACUCAUGUUAGUACAAUUCACAAUUAUUGUAGUAACUUAUUUAUUCCUGUGACCAGAAGAAUGAUUAAAAAAAGAAAGACAACAAAUAAUAAUAUUAAAAAACAAACUGUGAGCCAUUAAACAGAAAUAUUAAUUUGCUGUUUACACUCAAUCUAUGUAAAUUUAUAAUAUAUUUUGUACAUAACCAAAAAUGGCAUUCCAGUUCUUUCUGUACUGGAGAAUGAUUAACCAGCUCUUCGAGAAUAUUGUUUCCAUAAAAUAGCUUUGUCAUUUUGCUGUUGUAAUAAAAUACUGAAAACAUUUUAUACAACCACUAUUUUAAAACAAUUGUUUCUUUUGUCUUUAUACAAUACGGCAUCAGAAUGUUAUAGACCAUACAGUUCUUUGAGUGAACUAUUUGAAAUAUAAUUCUGUAGAAUAUGAACCUAAAUUGCAGUAAGUUUUCAUUUGCAUUCUGCAAAAAUGGAAUUUCAUUUCGAUUUUUCUCAAAGUUUCGGGAUCCCUAUUUAUGCUCUUUCGAGCUUAUUGCCUUUCACUUCUCUUUUUCUAAAAAAUAUUUAUUCUAUUUCUAUUGUAGAAUAUAUUUUAAAUAACCUUACGAUUAAACUCGAGCCUGGGGUUUUAAUUCUCGAAUUAAUCCCUUCACUUUACUCAGAGCAACAGGAGUAAAUUUUUGCUUUCAAACAAGAAAUUAAUUUUGUAAAUUUUGACACAACAAACUUUUAUACAAAUUUUCUUGGUAUCAAUUAUUUGAUAUUUGAUCCAAAUCCUUAAAUGAAUGCUUAGGUCUCACUAUCUAAUCUAUUGAUUCAGUGUGAUUUAAUUUGAUUAUCGAGGAAGAUUAUAUGUUCUCAAAGUUUAGCUGUUUAUCUUUCUUCUCUCAUUAAUUCUAAUAAAUGAC